AAGCCUUCUCGAAGCUAGUGCGCAUGCGCCAUCCACUCCACAUUGCGCUAUCUUUGGUAGAUGAUUGCAGCAAUCCCAGCAGGAAGACGGCGCUGCCUGCAGAGAUGAAGCAACCAGGAAGUGUCUCCCACUAGGAUCUGUUAUGACACUCCUGGGCAAAGCGACCUGGAUUUUAACUGUCACUGCUGCCGUCGUUGCGGCGGUCUUUUAUUACUUCGACGAUACUGCACCGAGCAAAUAUAGCAGCAUGGCUGAGAACAUGAAGACCCUGGAAGAAAGCUUCAGAGGUCAGAACAAGAGUUGCUUCAUUCUGGGUGCCUCUGGGGAAACUGGGAAGGUGUUGCUUCAAGAGCUGCUGGAGCGAAACAUUUUCUCCAAAGUAACUCUGAUCGGACGAAGACGACUGACCUUUGAAGACAACGCGUAUGAAAACCUGGCGCAGGAGGUGGUCGACUUUGAAAAGCUUGAUGACUACGCUGCUGCCUUUAAGGACCAUGAUGUGGGCUACUGCUGCCUGGGAACAACCCGGGCAAAAGCAGGGGCUGAUGGAUUCGUCAGAGUGGAUCAUGACUACGUACUCAAAUCUGCAGAGCUUGCCAAGGCUGGAGGCUGCACGCAGUUUCACCUGGAGUCCUCCAGAGGAGCCGACAAAAACAGUAACUUCCUCUACCUCAAAGUCAAGGGCCAAGUGGAAGCUGACAUUGAGGCUCUGGGUUUUGACCGAUUAGCCAUUUACAGACCAGGGGUUCUGUUAGUGGACAGACAGGAGAGUCGACCCGCUGAGUGGCUCACCAGGAAGUUCUUCGGCGCCGUCUCUGCCGUGUGUUCCUCUUCCAUGUCCAUCCCAAUCCAAGCGGUGGCAAAAGCGAUGGUGUCCAACACUCUGCUUCAACCCGAGCAGAAGCCGGAGAUCCUGGAGAACAAGGACAUUGCCAGUCUAGGAAAAGUAAAGGGAACUAAAUGAUUAUUGGUGAUUUACAGAGAUCAACACGUUCUGCAAGCCUGAUCAAGAUAUUUUUUGAAGUACUUGAAAACAGAUUUAUUGCACAUUCCAAAGACUGUUCAUGGAGUUUAAACCAUUUCUUUGAUAAAGUGAACAUCUUUAGGGAAGAUUUUCCUUUAAUAUUUUUGCUCUGUGUUAUAUUUUGAUGUUUAUAUCAGAGGCACAUGCCAGACUUGUUGGCUUUCUUCAUUUGUGCUCUGACACACUUGCCUUAAACUGUGUACAUGUUAUACCCAGAACAUACAUGUGUUGUUAAACAUAUUCAUUAAAUACAUAUUUGAGUGUGUGUUUAAAAAUCAAUAAAUAUAUUCUUGUGUACAA